AUGAGCAUUUUCCCACAUACUACCACGUCUCAACAUCCUUCUACCUCCCUUCCUCCGCCUGUCAAUGGAGACAAACCUUCCGGCCCGCCGGCGGACUCAGUGGAGCCUCCUAAGCGCUUCGGGCUUCGACCUGGCGUCUUAUCUUUUGCGUCGUUAGGCCGUCGUGGGUCUGGCACGGGCUUGCAGCCACCGAUGACGCCGCCAGCCAACGUGUCUAAGCAGCUGGGUAUGCCGGCCGUGGCUGCGAGCACGGAUCCAUCGCAUUUGUCUCAGUUCUCACUCAAGCUCAAUGAGCUUAUGAACAAAGCCUUUGUCGCUCCGAAUUCGGCGCAGGUAUCGACCAUUGCUCAUACCGGCACAUCCCCCUUUACAGGGGUCUCGAUUAGUGUGCCACGUAUCCAAAACAUUUCCUAUGGAAACAAUCGGCUGCCGAACCGAGUCCGUGUUAUCGAGAUGACCAGGCUCAUGGUGGACGAAUUGCACACGGCUUCGACAGUGGAUCCCUACCUUCUUCGUGCCGUGUCGCGGACCAUUCUCAAGACCAUUUCGCAAUUUGUAUCGCGUAUUGAGUCGCAGUUGGUCUCACCCCGCACAGACCCCACGGCUCUACAAAUCCCUGUGUCGGUGCGUGGAGCACAACCGCUGCCUGCCGCGAUGGAAUUCAAUUUGGCACUUAUCAGUCUGGAAUGGAUUGUGGAAGAGAGCUUAGAACGGUGUCUCGAGGGACUGCCGCCGCUGGCGCUUCUUCAUUCGCCCAGCCUGCUUAUCCCCACGUCCGCCGAAGGCCAAGCACAGCCGCCUAUGCCGUCGUUUGUGUACGAAAUCCUAUCGCCGCUACGUGAGCAAAUGGAAGCGAGUAUUAUUCACGUUGUGCAGCCGCUCCUGGUCAACAUCAAGUCGUCCAUUACGACAUGCCUAUUGCGAGCCAAUGCCCAUCCCUUUGAGCCGCAGCGUGCGCCGUCGAUCGUGUUGGAACCGGAGAACACGAGUACCAACAAAAUACCUUGGCACAAGGAGCUGGAAGAACGUCUGGAUGCUGCCUACCGUUUGUUGAUGCUGCGCAUUGUCGAUCGAUGUGGUCAGGAUGGUCAGGCAUGGUUCAUUUCCGUCGCGACGCAUACGAUUUGGAAAGGCCUGGUAGUCCUUACGUCGCGUUCGGUCUUUGCACCGGCAUCGGUGGUCGAGGCACAGUUCUCUCAUACGUUUGGCCGUACCUCCAGCACGACGCCGUCGAGCGCGGUCCUCAAUUCGCUGCUAGCAGGCGAAGCGCAUGCCAAGCGCGUGCCUACGCCGACGCAGCUCGCCCAUGCACUGCGCUCUGUGAGCUUGACAAGUGGCCAUCGUCAUCGCCGACCUGUAGGCGAGUCGAUGACCGGCACACACACGCCUGUGGAAAAGGCGCAGGACGAUUUCGAGGCGUGGAGUGAGCACUUUGCGCUGCCGGCGAACAGUACAGAUUGCUUUGUCAUCAAUCCCUUGCUCGUGGCUGAGCAAUUGCAUGAUUUGCAAGUGCUUGAGCGUCUUAUGCGUCAAUUUUGCUCGCAAUUCCUCGACGAGCAGCAUGGACGCCCUGGGCAGCGUGCGCGUUCGUCGGAUAGCGAGAAUACGGACAGACCUACGUUGGCGCAUGGCGCCGCGCGAAGCCCGGAUGAGCAGGCUGAUAUGGCCAUGCUGGACGAUACCGACGAUACCGACGAGGACUUGGCGCGUGCUGCGCUCAAAGAGGCAUUCUCCGCUUUGCGCAGCACCGUCAUUGUGCUCCGUACCCUGCUGCAAGAGCCAGAUGCGUUGCAGUACAUGAGCCAGGCGUCAUUGGAGACGCACCCAACUCUUUCGCCGGUUGCGCUUCGUGCAUUCCGUGUAAUUCCCUCCUUGCUGCUGGUGCACAUUGCUUUCUGCCGGAUUCCUCCUGGGUGGGUGCACGAGCAGGAACAUGAGACAGCAGCGGGCUUGCAAUUGAAAGACGAGAAGCUACCAACGCCGCCGCAAGUGUUUGGCUACUCAUGGCACGAGUACGAAACAACUCUGACGGGCUUCGGCACAGGCGAGCUGGUUGCGAUGUCGUUGACCGAGUGCUAUGGCCCGAUUCUCGAGCAGCUGUGUCGCCAAGUGGAUGAAAAGUGCGGAUUGGCCGAGCAUGAAUCGUUGCCUGCGAGUCUACUGUCGCCCACCGUGAGUGAUAUUAGCUCGGAUGGGUCGACGGACGACUUGCCUGCCGCGAUGACACAAUCGAUGCCGACACUCGACGCGGGACGACCGCUCAAAACGCCUGUCACCAUGGCGCUACCUGAAGAGACGGGCACACAUCGUCGUUCGCGUUCGCAAAGCCGGGGAUCCCCGACGUUGGCGCCACGUCUGUGGCGUAAGCACCCAUCGUCAGGCUCCAAGUUUGCGUUGCCGCAUGCGCUCCCGCCACGUGUCUCACGCGCCCAUGCCACGUCGUCGUUAGGCCGCGGUCGGCAGUCUCCGCGUUGUGAGUCGCAAGGACUGCCCCGCAGCACGACAGACACCUUGGCGCAUAUGCAGCGUCAUGCGCUGUUGAUGUUUGAGAAUGUUCUUCAGCGUGUCGUGUCGAUGCACGAAGAAUAG